GUAGAAUGGAAUGGAAUAGGAUGGGACAGGAUAGGAUAGGAUGAAAUUGAAUUGAGUGGAAUUUUGAAUGGAAGGGAAGAGAAGGGAAUGAGGAGAAGAAAAGGGAAGAGAAAGAAGAAGAGAGGAGAGGGAAGGAGAGGAGAAAUUCAGUUGGAAGGGACCAUCAAAGAUCAUCUAGCCCAACUGUCUGACCUGUAAAUUGUGCCUUAACAGAGAUCUUUACUCACCAAAGAGCCCUUGGGCUGUGGGAUUCCCUUCCUGGGGAUGCAGAUGCAAAUACCUGGGAGCACUGCUGGAUUUCACAGUUUCCUACCUCAGCCAAAGCAGGAGAGCAUGUUGGGAUGUACAUUAAUGCUGGUGCUGCAUCUGCUGCUCGGUGUUUCAUGUGAGGACGUGCCAGCUGUGGAUAUGGUGGCGCAUGGGACAGUGGCAGGGGGACGGGUUGGGGCACAGGCAGGCAAUGGGAACGUGCUGCAGAGCUUUCCCUUUAUGUCCCUAAUCCCUUCCUGGUGACCUGCCAGCGCACGGGGAGAGGCAGACAGGAGGAUUACGGCCGUGGCCAGCCACGGAGCUGGUGGGUGCAGGUCCCUGGGCUGCUAUUCCCCCAGCAGUGGGGUGGGCUGGGAGCCGGCGCUGGCGGGGCAGAGCAUCCCAGGGGGACCCUCGUCCCCGUCCCCCUCCCCAUCCCCGCAGCGACGGACGGAGUCGGGACGGGGCAGCCGCGGGACGCUUUGCAUGGUGCUGCCGGGGAGCUGCGUGGAAGCCUGCGGGGCGUGCGGGAUGGUUCACGUCCAGGUGAGCCCCCAAAAUCAAAAAGCUGUGGGGACCGGAGGGGACGUGGAGCGGAACGCGACCGUUAGAGGGCGGCGUUACCGCAGCGUGAUGCUGGGCGGUGAGUCCGCCUUGCCGUCUGUCUGUCUGUGCCAGCGCCGUGACGCACGGGGACGCGAGUGGCAGCGCUCAGCCCCGCUCGCCCCAUUUCGGACCCACACCGCACCCCACAGGCGGGCUCUGUGCCCGCUGCCCUCGCUGCAAGUGACAGCACCAGCUGCCAUCGCUGCGGCCCCGCUCCGGAUGCUUCUUCCAUGAGACAGCAGUGGGACGGAGGCAGUUGGGGCUCGUACAUGUCAGCCUUGGGAUGGUUACUGAAGGGAGACGAGCCUCGCUUAUUUAUAGGCUUCCAGCCCUGAUGCCGUGCCCGCUGCUCCCCUCCCCGCAUCCUGGAGGUGUUUCCCCAGCCUUGUGGGGGUGGUCAGUCGUUGUAGCUCAAUCCCUGGUGUCCCCAAAGGCACCGAAUGCAGAGCAGGGCUCGCCCCUGCUCAAUAUAGCUGUCGCAGUGGCUGUAUCUGGAGAUUCUGAGCGUGCACCCCACGGCCAUCACUGGGCUGGGGACAAGGGGAGGUGUUGGGGGUCUCAGGGCAGCCCCAGCAUAGCAGCAUGGCUCAGCCUUCGCCCCGUGGGCACUCAGGCAAAGUUCAGCGCCCAUUCCUGGCUGACCCGGCACUGCUGGCAUCCACCCGCAUUGGGUUUCAGGGAGGGGAGGGGAUGGGUUUUGUGCCUCUUACGGCUCUGGUUACUCAGAACUUGUGUCAGUCGACAACUGGGACGGACAGAGGGACGCAGGGAGAGCACAGCCCGAGCUCAGCUUCAGCAGAAGAUGCCCUGGUGCCAGGAGCUUGCUGGUAGGAAGGUUUUGCUCCACAGUGCUGAUUGAGUAUCCUUCCUGCUGCAGGAGGGGACACGGUGGCACUGGGUGUCCUGGGCAAGGGGGGGGCUGCUGAGGGUUUGGGAUCCCCAUCGGUGCUUUGAGGAGCAAGGGAGAGCAGUUCUAAAAGCACAGAUACACCGGAUUGCUAUUUAAUUAAUUCAGGAGAAGAUGAUCAGGCUCUCGUACUGAUUCACCCCCUAGCAGAAAACAUCGUGUUCCUCACUCAGCCUUCUCUGACAUAUGGCUGUUGUUUCCAGCCCACCCCCAGCUCCUGCUCACUGACAAGCAGCCAUGCUGAGCACAUGCUGCGUGGGGUCCGGCUGUCACGGGGACCCCCCAGGGCAGCGGGGGGGUGGGAGAGGGUUGGGAGCAGAACGGGGUUCCUGGGGGCUGAGUCAGGGUGAGCAAAGCAUGGUCCUGCCCUGGGACUCCUGACCCUGCUGCCUCCACCUCUUCCAUCUGCCAGCAGCACCGAAACCCCGCAGUACAGGCAGCUUUAGCACUGCCUGACCCAGCAGGGGAAGUGGCAGCACCAUUCUCAAAGCUCCCGGCGUUCCUCCCUCCCAUAAGCUAAUUUUCCCCUAAAUUCUCCAAGCAUAGACAUGGCCCUAAAUAACUGCAGCUGCAGGAGAUGGUCACUGAAUUGUCCUGGCCAUGUGUUCCUCACCUGUGAUUGAUGUCCAGGGCUGCUGUGACGUGUGCCCAGGGACUGCAGGACUGCCCUAUUGGGACCUACUGUGGUGGCACUGCAUGGGGAACACAGAGAUGCUCAGAGCAGGGUGAGGACACAUCCCCAUGACCCCAAGGACCCAUCUCUGUGCAGGGCAGGAGCACAACCCCAUUGCCAGCACUGUGGGGUAGCAGCCCAGACUGGGGACGUUUCCACGUGGCUCCUUUGCUGUUCCCUGCACCCCGUUCCCAGGCUGUUGCCUCUCCCCCAGGCUCCCUCCCCUCUCACCAGCCUGUGCCGCCUGUUCUUGGCUGCUUCUCAGCCUCGCAGUGCCUCUGCUGCAAACCCCACUGCGCCUUUCUCUGCCCCUUGGACUCCUUAACUGCAGCCAUGGCAGAGGGAGAGGAUCCGACGCUUGGCAGGAGUGAGCAGGGCAUCCUCAUGCAAGAUCCACACCCUCCUGACUCCUGUCCUGGGAAGAGGAUAUUGCUCUUAAAUUCUCUCCUGGGUGUCUUUGUAAGUACCUCCAUCUGCUCCUCUAAGCAAGGACCUCGGGGUGUGAAGAGUGCAGGGUGGUACCCAGUGCAUGGGGAUGCCCAUGGGGUUUUAUCUGACUCGUGAGGUUGAGGGUUCAGCUCUGGGCUCCAAAUACAAUGGGGACAGCAAGAAUUAGGAACAGUUAAGUUUGCAAAUCUCCUGAUAACACCUUUGUGUUGCUUUGCCAGCUGGCCUGCCCCUUAUUUUAGGUGCUCGGAUGGGGAUUUUGUGGGCAGUCAGGGUUGGAUUCUGCAUUGCUCAGCACUGCAGUGUGCUGUGAUUUUAUGGCAAUUCAGGGAUUUCCUUUGCAGGGAAGCUGGGUUUUAUUUUAUUCUUAAAUUUGCCUUUUACAGGCAGGCCUGCAAAACGUAGCUUCCACUUUUUAAACAGAACUGGUGCUAAGGAUGAAGGGGAGUCCACCGCUGGUAUCUUGGGUGAUUUCCUUGCAAAAUUCCUUUGCUUCUGGCAUGGGGAGAGCUGGGCUGCUCUGGUUUUGUCUCUGCAGAGAGCAGUGCUGCUUUCUGUUCCUGGGGGUUUUAACUUACGGGGGAAUUGGUGCUUUUUGGAGGGCUCUCUGCCCUUCUGUGUGAACUGGGUUGGAAUCUGCUGCUGCUGUGCAGGGUGUGUGGAAGGGGCUUGCUCAUGCAGGCUCACAGCAUGAUGAGGGCAGGAGAGGUUUGCCAACAGAAUCUGGAGAAGGCAGACCUGAGAAAUGUGGGGACUGUUGGUGUAGGAAGCACCCAUUGGGGUUUAUGGCACACAGGGUCCCUGCAGAGCCAUGCAGGCUGUGUGUGGGGAUUGAGCAGUUCCCUCCAGCACUGCUCCCAGCCCCAGAGCUGUUGGGAUGAGUUCAGCCCAUCUGCUCCUUGUCCUCCAGCACCAUUUCAUCCAACUGCCUGCCAACUUGGCUGGAGAUGCCCUGGACAUUGUGCCAUUCACCGUGAGCAGGACCCUCAUCCUGCUUCUACCCUUGGUGUUUAAUUAGAGGUGUUGAACUGCGCUUUGGCAGCUGCACAUCACAGAUCUGCUCAUGCCAGGCUGCUCCAAUUCCUGGUGCACUGCGAUAUACGGUGCUGGUGCAGGGGGAUGCACUGGGUCCAGCAGCACUGGAAAUGCAUCCGUGUCUCAGAGCAGCUGCUGCCUCCAUGUCCUGUCCCCCUGCUUGCUCCAUCUGCAGCCGUCCUUAUCAUUGCCCUGUCAGAACCCGUGUCUGCACCCAGAGCAGCUCCGAGCUGGUGGAGGGAGGGCAUGGACAGAUGUGGGGACAGCCUGAGAGGUGAUGGGAGGUGAUGCCAAGCAGUGCUCAGGGCAGUCUGCGUGUCUCAGCUGUGGGAACAGCACAGCCCUGGCCAUUAAGCAUGUAUCUAGGUCAGAUCAGCUCACUGCUCCGGCCUGUACAAUUAAAUGUGUGGCAGAAGAGACUUCCUAAGCUGUUGUCUUUAUGUCUUUUCUGAAAAAAAAGAAGCAAACCAAAGAGCUGCAGCCCAACCUCUGCCGUUCAGCCUACCAUCCAUGUUUAUGCUCAGCCAGCACAGGGCAGAGCCCAGCAUUGGGAGCAGCUUAUCCGAGCUGCAGGUCAGUUUCCUUGCCCAGAACCUUGGCUUUGACUCCAGCAAAAUGCAGGGACUGGUGACUCCAGGCUGCCACCAGCUGCUGCAGUACCCGAGCUUGCAGCCUCUCCGCUCGCUUUGCAGCCAUGACAUUUAAUAGCUUUUUAAUUGCACAUGAGGGAAUCACAGUUAAGAGACAAAGCGAAGUAUCAAAUACCUGGAGCUGGCACGUAGGCGGCUCGGCUGCUCCGUGCCAUGGCAGAGGCUGCAGCACUCACAGCAAGUUCCCCAUCUCUCUGUAUUGCACAGAAUGGGGCUAACACAGAUGGCUGCUCCCUGGCUUUUGCCUCGUGUGUCCUUUUGGAGGUGGAUUUUGGCACCUCUGGGGCGGGUGGCUGGCUCUCCAUGCAGCCCUCAGGUGUUGCACUGAGGUCUGUGGUUGCACCACAUCACUGUACUGUGGCUGCUUCUUUGCAUGCCCCCAGCACAGACGUUGCUUCCCUGCUGCCAGAACCUCAGCAAUAGGUAACGAGCAGAGCUCCCCAUCAUCAGUGUGACACUGGGGGCGUGAGGUCCCCUGUGUGCUUGCUGCAAGCUUUCUUCCUGGCGUGCUAAAAGCUCUGAGGCUCACAAGCGUAUAUUUAUCCCGAAAUGUGGUCGUUUAAUUUUACUUUCAACCAUUUGCCACCCUAAGGAGCAAGCUGCACUCCUGCACUGCCGUGCACAGCGAGCCCUGAGCACACUGUGAAAGCAGGGAGGGAUCCCAGCAGAGCACAGUGGGAACACAGAGCUGUGGGUGCUGAGCACGCAGAGGUGUCAUUACCACCAUUCCCAUGAGUAACACCCCCACAGAGAUCUCCACAGUGCAGUGAGGAUCAAAGCAUCCCAACUGUGAGCAGAGCUGCUGCCGGGCUGCCGAGCGCUCAAUGGCUUGGCUGGGAUUUUCCCAUGCAUAGUUUCCCACCCAGAAUUCUACUUUGUGCCUUCGCUUGGCUUUUCCCAAGCUCAGCAUCCUGGUGUGUGACAGCGUGGGUGCUCAGUGCCCGUCACAACACCCCGCAGUGGGGCACGGGCAACGUUGCAGGGCUGGAGGCGGCGUGCGUAUCCCGCUGGAGGGAUGAGGGCUGUUUCUGCAUUACAGCCCUGAAAGCUACAGUCAGAGUAGAGCUGUAAACAGCUCGGGAGGAUUUACUGAGUCGGCAAUCCCGCAGCACACAGCUCAGCUCAGCCCCGAUGCUGCGCUCGCUGCCUGAGAGCUUGGGAAGCUCACAGGGCUGCGGGGACGGCUCUGCUCGGAGGGCUGCAGCCCUGCACGCAGGCUGGGGGCUCUGCUGGGUGAUGCACUGCCCCUGAGCCCUCCCCCCUCCCCGGGCAGUCCCUGAGUACACCCUGGGCUGACUCCUGCCAUGGCAUCGCAGUGGGGAUGCAGCCGGGCAGCCCACGCCGAGUAGCCCUGGGGGAUCCGAAUCUGCUGGAGAUGGAGCUGGAUAAGGGGGACGUGGCCACGCUUGGGCUGCCCUCCACCACCGGCCACGGUGACACCGACGGCCCCAUCUGCCUGGACGUCCCCGAUGGCACUCCUGACCCCCACAGGACCAAGGCAGCCAUCGAGCACCUGCACCAAAAGAUCCUCAAGAUCACCGAGCAGAUCAAGAUCGAGCAGGAAGCUCGUGACGACAACGUGGCCGAGUACCUAAAGCUGGCCAACAACGCGGACAAGCAGCAGGCAUCGCGCAUCAAGCAGGUCUUUGAGAAGAAGAACCAGAAAUCGGCGCAGACCAUCGCGCAGCUGCACAAGAAGCUCGAGCACUACCACAAAAAGCUGAAGGAGAUCGAGCAGAACGGCCCGUCUCGACAACCCAAAGAUGUCUUCCGGGACAUGCACCAAGGUCUCAAGGACGUCGGGGCAAACGUCCGUUCCAGCAUCAGUGGAUUUGGUGGUGGUGUGGUGGAGGGUGUCAAAGGAGGGCUCUCGGGGUUGUCCCAAGCCACCCACACCGCCGUGGUGUCCAAGCCUCGGGAAUUUGCCAGCUUAAUCCGAAAUAAAUUCGGCAGCGCAGACAACAUUGCCCACCUGAAGGACACGUUGGAUGAUGGACACCCUGAGGAAGCCUCACGGGCGCUCAGCGGCAGUGCCACGUUGGUUUCCAGCCCCAAAUAUGGCAGUGAUGAUGAGUGCUCCAGUGCCACCUCGGGGUCAGCUGGUGGCAGCAAUUCUGGGGCUGGCCCCGGUGGGUUGGGGAGCCCCAAAUCCAACACGCUGGAAGGCCAUCACAGCAACUUUGACACCAUCCUGGAGGAGCUGCGGGAGAUCAAGGACAGCCAGUCACACCUGGAGGACUCCAUGGAGGACCUCAAGGCACAGCUGCAGCGGGAUUACACCUACAUGACGCAGUGUUUGCAAGAGGAACGCUACAGGUAUGAGCGCCUGGAGGAGCAGCUGAACGACCUCACCGAGCUGCACCAGAAUGAAAUGACCAACCUGAAGCAGGAGCUGGCAAGCAUGGAGGAAAAGGUGGCCUACCAGUCCUAUGAGAGGGCACGGGACAUCCAGGAAGCAGUGGAAUCCUGCCUGACGCGGGUGACCAAGCUGGAGCUUCAGCAGCAGCAACAACAAGUGGUGCAGCUGGAAGGAGUGGAAAACGCCAACGCCCGGGCAUUGCUGGGCAAAUUCAUCAAUGUCAUCCUGGCUCUGAUGGCAGUGCUGCUCGUCUUCGUCUCCACCAUCGCCAACUUCAUCACACCGCUUAUGAAGACCCGCAUGCGCAUCCUCAGCACCGCCCUGCUCGUCCUCUUCCUCUUCUUCCUCUGGAAACACUGGGACUCCAUCACCUACUUUCUGGAGCACGUCCUGCUCCCCAGCUGAUCCGCAGCACCGGGGUUUUUUUCCAUUUCACAAUGGAGAGGGUGGGAGGGGAUGGCGCUCCGGAGCCUUUGGUCAUUUCUUUGUGCACUCUUUGGUUGCUUUCCUGGCCCUCAGUCAGCUGCAGUCGCUCAGAGCACGGUGAAAUCGGUCCUCUGGGAUGCUCAGGGUGGGGGAGUUUUGGAUGAAAUUGGUAAUGUAAGCGGUGGUGGGUUUUUCAAGGGGGGAGUUUGGCUGUUUCUUUUUAUGUUAUUUGUUUUUUUUAACGUUGCUCUGUUCUGAAAGUCAGUAGGAAGGUCUUCUGCAGAGCCCACCUCGGGGCUGUUGGUAGAAAGGAUUGAGCUGGAGCAAACUCAGCUCUGGGAGAACUUUCUGUACAGAGAGGAAUUACCGGGGCUGGCUUUUCCAUUUCAAUCUGAAAGACAGCGAAAAGAUGGAGCUGAAGCAAAGCACGUGGCAAAGGAGGAAGCAGGUCCAAGGCAAGCAUCACUGCUCCCAGCGAGCUCACAGCAGGACACACAUCUCACCAGCUUCUCCAACCCCAUCACCUGGACCAAGGGCAGAGCAGGGCUGCGGUGCCAUCCCCACGCAGACCCAAUGCCAGAAACAGCAUCAGCACCGGCACAAGCGAGACCCACCUCUAUCGGUUUCCCCUCAUUUAUUUAUUUCCCCUUCCUUUGGCUUCAGUUGAUCUGAUCUCUUCAGGGACACCCAGAUUUUCCAGCAUCACGCCACUGAGUUUUUCAGCCUCUGCAAUGUGUUGUGUGCGUGUGUGUGUGUGUGGUUUUUAAGUUAAUUCAAGACUCUGUUUCCAUUUGUGAAUCAAAGCUGGUAGCGCCGGGGGAGGUGGGCAGCUGCCUCCCCAGCCCUACACAAGAGCACAGCAUGCAGUCUUGGAUGUUUCUUAAAUUAUUUCAUACCUAUAUAUUUAUGUAAUAUAUCUACACAC